AACAUCAAUACACUAUAUUGAAGACAAUUCUAAAGCAAGUAAACAUAGUCAAAGAAAAACCUUUCAACAAAAACUCUAUUAUAAACACUUUAGACAUAUUUAUUCAACAUGUAUCUACAUAAUGCCUUACAAACAAGUAAAUAUCAUUAAUCAAAGUGCCUAUUGUUUGUUAAAAAUAAAAAUAAAAACAAUAUAUAAGUGUGUCAAUGUACAUGUGGUCUUAAUAACGCUUUGUCAUACUCGUGUAUAUAAAAGGAAGUAAUAGUAAUUUUUUCUAUUAAUUUUUAUUCGAAAGUGAAUCUUCGUUUCUUGCAGAAUGUUGAAAUACACGAGCAUUUCGUUUUUAUUAAUAAUUCUUUUAUUUUCCUUCACUAACGCUAAUCCUGAUUGUUCGCUGCCAGCAAAGACGGGCCCUUGCAGGGGCUAUUUUGAAAGAUAUGCCUACGAUUCGUCGAAGCACAAAUGCGUUAAAUUCAUCUACGGAGGUUGCCAACAGAAUGCUAAUAAUUUUGAGACUUUAGAAAAGUGCCGAGCCGCCUGCCCUUAGGAAAUUAACAUUAUUCAUAAUUUUUAUGUACUUCUGGAGAAAAGAAUAUCAAAAUGCCUAUUUAAUAAACCAUAUAAUAUCUAUUAAGUCAAGUGAUUUUUUUAAACAAUCUCGUAUUUAAUUAAAAUUGACACUAAAAAAGUAUGACUAACAAAUUAAUUAAUAUUCGGUAAGUUAAUAUAAAAUAAUAUAAAACAUGUAAUUGCAGCGUAUAGCAAUAAAAUUUUGCUUUUAACGGAUGUUGUUAAUAAAAUUUAUCGAUAACGUGAAACUUGUUAUUUAAUUAUUUUCGAA